AUGAAGGAUGUUUUUGAAACAUCCCAACGCUUCUAUGAGGAGUUCCAGGACUACGAUCUAAAAAUCAAUGAAAUUCCAGGCCUAAUAGAACUAUCGGAUUUGACCAAAAUUAGUAUAUCUGAAAAAGUUGAUAAUUCAUUAUGCGAAAAUGGAGAAUCGGAUAUUAUAACGCAUCCUGUUUCUGAACAACAAAAUGGACUUACCUUGGAAGAUGAGGACAAUGCCACCGGAAAAACAAAUAAAGAUAAUGGUGCCGAGAAAGAGUUCGAUGUUUUACCUGAUAAAGAUGAACAAACCAUAGUAAUUGGGUCCGAAAUUUCUGAAUCUGGACAUAGAUUUUCAGGUGAACAAGACGUCGAAAUUCCUGUCAGUUCUGCCCCUCCAAAGGAAUUAGAUGGCGUCAUAGAACUAUCGGAUUUGGCCAAAAUUAGUAUAUCUGAAAAAGUUGAUAAUUCAUUAUGCGAAAAUGGAGAAUCGGAUAAUAUAAAGCAUCCUGUUUCUGAACAACAAAAUGGACUUACCUUGGAAAAUGAGGAAAAUGCCACCGGAAAAUCAAAUAAAGAUAAUGGUGCCGAGAAAGAGUUCGAUGUUUUACCUGAUAAAGAUGAACAAACCAUAGUAAUUGGGUCCGAAAUUUCUGAAUCUGGACAUAGAUUUUCAGGUGAACAAGACGUCGAAAUUCCUGUCAGUUCUGCCCCUCCAAAGGAAUUAGAUGAACUAUUGGAUUUGGCCAAAAUUAGUAUAUCUGAAAAAGUUGAUAAUUCAUUAUGCGAAAAUGGAGAAUCGGAUAAUAUAAAGCAUCCUGUUUCUGAACAACAAAAUGGACUUACCUUGGAAAAUGAGGAAAAUGCCACCGGAAAAUCAAAUAAAGAUAAUGGUGCCGAGAAAGAGUUCGAUGUUUUACCUGAUAAAGAUGAACAAACCAUAGUAAUUGGGUCCGAAAUUUCUGAAUCUGGACAUAGAUUUCCAGGUGAACAAGACGUCGAAAUUCCUGUCAGUUCUGCCCCUCAAAAGGAAUUAGAUGACGAUCUUAUAAUCAAUGAAAUUCCAGGCGUCAUAGAACUAUCGGAUUUGGCCAAAAUUAGUAUAUCUGAAAAAGUUGAUAAUUCAUUAUGCGAAAAUGGAGAAUCGGAUAAUAUAAAGCAUCCUGUUUCUGAACAACAAAAUGGACUUACCUUGGAAGAUGAGGACAAUGCCACCGGAAAAACAAAUAAAGAUAAUGGUGCCGAGAAAGAGUUCGAUGUUUUACCUGAUAAAGAUGAACAAACCAUAGUAAUUGGGUCCGAAAUUUCUGAAUCUGGACAUAGAUUUUCAGGUGAACAAGACGUCGAAAUUCCUGUCAGUUCUGCCCCUCCAAAGGAAUUAGAUGAACUAUUGGAUUUGGCCAAAAUUAGUAUAUCUGAAAAAGUUGAUAAUUCAUUAUGCGAAAAUGGAGAAUCGGAUAAUAUAAAGCAUCCUGUUUCUGAACAACAAAAUGGACUUACCUUGGAAGAUGAGGACAAUGCCACCGGAAAAACAAAUAAAGAUAAUGGUGCCGAGAAAGAGUUCGAUGUUUUACCUGAUAAAGAUGAACAAACCAUAGUAAUUGGGUCCGAAAUUUCUGAAUCUGGACAUAGAUUUUCAGGUGAACAAGACGUCGAAAUUCCUGUCAGUUCUGCCCCUCCAAAGGAAUUAGAUGGCGUCAUAGAACUAUCGGAUUUGGCCAAUAUUAGUAUAUCUGAAAAAGUUGAUAAUUCAUUAUGCGAAAAUGGAGAAUCGGAUAAUAUAAAGCAUCCUGUUUCUGAACAACAAAAUGGACUUACCUUGGAAGAUGAGGACAAUGCCACCGGAAAAUCAAAUAAAGAUAAUGGUGCCGAGAAAGAGUUCGAUGUUUUACCUGAUAAAGAUGAACAAACCAUAGUAAUUGGGUCCGAAAUUUCUGAAUCUGGACAUAGAUUUUCAGGUGAACAAGACGUCGAAAUUCCUGUCAGUUCUGCCCCUCCGAAGGAAUUAGAUGACGAUCUAAAAAUCAAUGAAAUUCCAAGCCUAAUAGAACUAUCGGAUUUGACCAAAAUUAGUAUAUCUGAAAAAGUUGAUAAUUCAUUAUGCGAAAAUGGAGAAUCGGAUAUUAUAACGCAUCCUGUUUCUGAACAACAAAAUGGACUUACCUUGGAAGAUGAGGACAAUGCCACCGGAAAAACAAAUAAAGAUAAUGGUGCCGAGAAAGAGUUCGAUGUUUUACCUGAUAAAGAUGAACAAACCAUAGUAAUUGGGUCCGAAAUUUCUGAAUCUGGACAUAGAUUUCCAGGUGAACAAGACGUCGAAAUUCCUGUCAGUUCUGCCCCUCAAAAGGAAUUAGAUGACGAUCUUAUAAUCAAUGAAAUUCCAGGCGUCAUAGAACUAUCGGAUUUGGCCAAAAUUAGUAUAUCUGAAAAAGUUGAUAAUUCAUUAUGCGAAAAUGGAGAAUCGGAUAAUAUAAAGCAUCCUGUUUCUGAACAACAACAUGGACUUACCUUGGAAGAUGAGGACAAUGCCACCGCAAAAACAAAUAAAAAUAAUGGCGCCGAGAAAGAGUUCGAUGUUUUACCUGAUAAAGAUGAACAAACCAUAGUAAUUGGGUCCGAAAUUUCUGAAUCUGGACAUAGAUUUUCAGGUGAACAAGACGUCGAAAUUCCUGUCAGUUCUGCCCCUCCAAAGGAAUUAGAUGGCGUCAUAGAACUAUCGGAGUUGACCAAAAGGAGUAUAUCUGAAAUAGUUGAUAAUUCGUUAUCCGAAAACGGAGAUUUUGAUAUUGUAACGCAUCCUGUGUCUGAACAACACAAUGAACCACAAAAAAAUUUGGAACAUGAGGACAAUGCCACCGGAAAAACAAAUAAAGAUAAUGGUGCCGAGAAAGAGUUCGAUGUUUUACCUGAUAAAGAUGAACAAAACAUAGUAAUUGGGUCCGAAAUUUCUGAAUCUAAGCAUCGUUUUCCAGAUGAUCCUACUAGCAAUACAAUGUCGAAUUUGACCAAAAGGAGUGUAACUGGAAUAGAUGAUAAUGCAUUAUCAGAAAAUGGAGAACGACCCAAUGGAUUACAAAUAAAUUUUAAAGAUGACGAUACCAGUGCUGUUCAGUAUAGACCGGAUGUAAAUACUGGUUUAAUACUACACGAAUCUAGUGCUGUGGUUGGCUCAGCUGGGGAUCCAGGAAUAUUUUUAUUAUCAGAUGCUGGCGCCUCAAAUCAUGAAGUCGUAUCAUCCCAAGAGCAACUAAAUAGCUCCCCUCUAAAAGAUGUGACAUCUAUUACCGAGAAAGAACUAGUUUCUAACACGCAAAAAGAAGCAAUAGAAGAACUUUGUAUACAAAAAAAUUCUUCAGUUGUUCAUAAUUAUGAAUGCAAAACGAAAAAUCAAAUAUUAUCAGAUGACUGCAAUAAUAAGGAAAUUUCAGAUUCUCUUACAAAUGAAGCCAUUGCCUUAGAGCCAUUCUCUGAGAUAAAACAAGAAAAUGUCUCACCUAAGACAUCCACAUCCGAUGAAGAUGACUAUAGAUUCUUUGAAAGAACAAGCCAGCAUUGA